AUGGUGCCAGUCGAGCUCGCCCUCCGCAUCCUGCGCAUGACCCUCACAACCAACACCGCGUCAGGGACGGCCUCCUGCUGGCUCCAGCACGGACCCUUCGCCCCGGCCCAGUUCCUCCAAAGUCUCCACCUCUUGCACGCCGCACUGCCGCGCGCCUUACGAAAGGCGCCCGUGCUGGACAAGAUUCGCCACUUGAUCCUCCUCCCGCCGAUGGACGGAAUGCUUGGCAUCCGCCGGAUGUCCGGAGAGGCGGCAGAGCUAGAGUGGGACUGGGAGGACCACGUCAGGGAAUGCUUGAAGGCGCUGCACAGACGCCAACAUGGACUAUGCUGGGCGUCUGCGAAGCCAACAGAAGUGCGCGGCACGGUGACUGACCUGUGGGAGAAUCUUGCCGUUUCGUUCAACUUGCGCUCCUUCGGCGUGCACGACACCGUUUCGGGAAAAUUGAUGCGUCUAUUCGAGACACGAGGGCUCAUGCCGACCAUCUUUGUCGCUCUUCGGCCCACGGCAAGCGGAGAUCAGGUGCUGGCUGUUCUUGAGCACAAUGAAACGCGGAUUCCUCUCGGCCAGCACUCGAUGGUACACUUGCUGGGCGUGUACACAGACCAGGAGAUGGCGCUCUGGGACCUGUCGGCCGUCGACGCCGCGCUCAGCACUGCCGAGGUCGGUGGCCCUGCGAUCAAGCUGGAGUCGCUCGACUCGGUCGUCAUGAUGGAGGCCCAAUUUUGCGCGGCGCACCUGACCAGAGACGCCAUCGCACUCGCCCGCCCGCCCAGCACCAGCUACCUCGCCGCCGGAGGUACAUCCACGACUGCGCAGUCGCCGACGCCAGACAAUUACUUGCUCGUUACGGUCUACGACAUCACCGCCGCCAUUGACGCAUCAACGAGUGGUGGUGAGGAUGCGCCGCCACGGCUGCGGGUCAUCGCUACGGCCGAGGUGCCGCAGCGUACCCUUACCGGCGUGGCCUUCAACUCGCGCCUCAUGGCCAUGGUCGGCGGCCAGCAACCCGAAGUGCUGCUCUUCGCCUUCACACCUCGCCAGGGCAAUGACCCGCCGCCGCCGCUGGAGCUGACGAAGCUUCCCCGGCCGCUGCGGGUCGAAGCCGCGCGCUAUUCGAUGACGCAGCCCUGCGUGGCCCUGGACGACCAGCGGCUCUACUACUAUUACGACUGCAACAAGGUCGCCAUCUUCAACGUUCAGGAGCUCCUCCACGCAUCGCCGGGCCAGACCAGUGAUGAAGCCCACAACGAAGGCGAGGAGAAGGUGGUGGUCGGGCAGGACUGGUCGCACCGGGCGCUGGUGGCGCAGCUGCAUGCCGGCCCGUUUCCGACGUCGGCGCCCGGCGUGGUGGUCGCGUUGGCACGAGACCGCACCGGGGUGGUGUCGGUGGUCACUGCCGAGGCGGUGCGGCUGCUCGUGGACCCGUGCUCGAGCAUCGGCGUGCAGGCCGGCGACAGCGAAGACCUACUUCUCUUCCCCUUCUGA